GCUAACUGGCAAGGCCUUAGCUGCAUCCAGACCCAUGUCGAACCCGGGAUUCAUCAAGCUUAACGAGGACUAUCUGGAGGUGCAGCUUUCGUCAAAAAAUUUGUCCAACCAGACGCUGCUGCUUCGGAUUGGUCAACUGGAGGAGUAUUUGGAACGGGUGGGUGAGCCCACAAAGUUCAAGAUCGAUUUGGACUUCAGGGACAACCCGAAAGUGACAGACACCGAUCUGGAGUUCGAUGGCUUCGGGCGUUUAGUGACUUUCCUCAAGAAGUUCGGAUCCUUCGUAACGAGGCUGAGGAUAGGUGGAACUGGCAUCAGUGGGAGUGGCCUAUGCGAGCUCAUAGAUUUCAUCAAGAUGGGUGCUGCCGAGGAGCUUGACUUUUCCAACUUGCCUGGGGUUGAGCAGUUCGAAGUGGUGGCCCUGCUGAUGGCUGUGAAGGAGUCCCAGCAGUACCCCCUGCAGAAGUCUUUGCCACUGCUCCUUCGACUGGAUCGGAAUGGACUUGAAAAACCCCACGAAAUCAUCGCCAUGGUCAGUCAGGAUUUGUGCUGUGAGGUGUUGACCGAUCCCUGCGAGCUGCAGAAGGCCACGGUGGCGCGGAACAAGGUGCACCGCGGGGAGGCGGAGCUGACGGAGGUCAUGAUCUCGCUGCCCGAGUUCUACCUGCAGUCGGAGGAGGCGGUCACGACACCGGUCCCCAAGACGCCCAAGUCAGCGCCUUCGACGCCGGAGAAGAAGCCGCUGAAUUUGAGGGCCAAAGCUCAAGCACCGCCGCCGCCACCACCGCUGAUGGAAGAAGUGGAGGAGGAGGAGCUUCCGGUUGUGGGCUCAUUGCCGAAAGCAUUCUGUGGGAGUAGGGCAAAGAAGGCAUCACCCGUGGUCUCCAUACUGCCAUUGGCAAACCCCAAGCCACCAGACCACCAUCCUCCAGCACAUGUGAUGUGGAAGAACUUGUCCACCAGCGCAAAGGCGCGAAAAUGGAUGGAAGUUGAGAUCCAGAAAUCCGUGAUGACCAAAGCCUCGAGCAGGUGCGACUCAAAAGCCCUCGCCCAAGGAGUUCCGGAGACCAUGCCGAUCUCUGGCAUCGGAGUGCCGCCUCCCAACGAAAGGCCCAAACCGUCGAAAUCCAUGGCCCUGGCGUCUCCUAUGCCUCCGCCCUUGUCGCCGCCUCCAUGGUCCGCAUGGUCUAGGGAAAGCUCCACACCUGUGAUACCUGCGAAGCCAAGGCAUGCGCAG